UGUUUGAAUUGCAAGGAAAUCUGCUAAAAAGACAUGCCAGAUGUCAAGUCUUGAACGUCAAAGGAACCCUUGAAUAAAGCAUAGUGAAAGCUUCAAGGGACUUAAAUAAGAAUAAGAUUGUGCCUCUAAACGAGUUAUUUAAGCGAUUUAAUCCUACAAACUCAUCAUCAAGAGCUUCUAAUCAAUGAGGUAUGAAAAGAAUUGGGAGUGAGAAGCAAUACAGAAAAUUGAGCAUUAGCAAAUUUGCUUACAAGAGCCAUAAGCCAAGAAUAAACCAGCACUUACCUCAGAAUUAUGCACUUCACAGCAGAGGGCUAAAGAAAAGCCAGAAGCCUCCUGUUAACCCAUCUUUUAACUUUAUCAUUGCGAAGAAGGUAGUGAACAAGGAGCUAAAUUCUCCUGAAUCCUCUAGUGACGAAUUUGAUUCAUUGAAAGCGAAGUUCUUCAACGAAGUCAUCUCUCGCAAGAUGCUUGAUAAUGAUUUCAAAAAAUCACUUAAUUUUUACCAUCCCCACAAUAGGACAAGACUUUUGGAGAAACAGGAGUCCUUAAAAAGCUUAAAAUGCUCGAAAAGGUCAAAAAUUUUAACUUGACCUUCAAGCCCAACAAGUUUCCAUAAAAACUCUUCCCUUGUUCUUACAAAAGACUCCAGAUGUAACACUCCCCUCUCCAUAAACCAAAUCUCCUUAAAAUAAAAAAAUUCCCAAACCCCUUAAGAAAAUGAAGAUCAUUAAACUUAAAAAUCUGACUACAAAUCCAUCAAUCAGCAACCUGAGUAAUUUAAGAAGGAAGGUCAAGCUCUUUGGAACAAAACCUAUUUUGAAGAAGAAUAAGGCUCUACAAGCUGAAAUUUCAACGCUGAAUUGCAAGCAAGACUAUUUUGACAAUAAGAAUUUGUAUAACAGAAGUAAUUUUUCUUUGAGAGAAGGAAGGUAUAGUACUUUAAGAACAAAUGAUUAACUAUUCAAUUUAAUUCGGCUAAAAUUCUUCAAAGCUCUAAAUGAUCUAAAUUUUCAUGCAAAUUUGCUGUAAUUUUUCAUGCUUCACUACUCCAGACGCCUCUUAAGGAUCUUCAUUUCUUAAAAAUUAUUUUUAGCUUCCAAAAUCUAUACUUAACAGAUUAGCUCUAAUUUUAGCUUGUAACAGAUCUGGGCAAUGACCAUGAACAAUGUCUCCAAUAUGCUAGUUUAGGAUUAAGAAUGUAAAAACAUUAAAUUUAAAUUUUCAAGAUAGGCUAAAUAAUUUAGUGAAGAUUUGGAGGGGUGGAAUGGAAAUGUUUCAAAGGAAGAAAAAUUUAGGGAGUAUUGAAUACUAUUCUUGAUUUUUUUGGAAAAAGUAAAGUUCUGAUAGCUUAAAUUGCUAACUCCCUAAGAUUAUAAAUUAAAUUUACUUCAUUUCUAUUAGAAGAAACUAUCAAAGCACACCCACCUUCAACACCACUCCCAUAAAUCCCCACCCUCUUCCCUCAUUCCUCCCCAAAAGUCGCACUCAAAUCCCCCAAAAUCCCAAAACAACUUAAAAACUUACCCUUUUCACUAUAAUACCAUGCACAAAUUUCUACUAAGCUCGAAGAUAUCAUCCCCAGUGAAAUUUAGAACUGACUCCUAUAUGAAUGUCAUAAAAAAUAGAUAUUAGUCUUUGAAGUAAGGACAGGGUGAAGAAGAGAUUUGGGCGUAGGGGUGAGACAUCUUAGAUGUUAAACUGAUAUUAUUUUCAAUAGAGAUAUUAAAAUAUGGGGUUUUGGGGUUUUGG